AUGACAAACAAAAAACCAAAUUUAAGUGAUUGUGUAAGGAACAAUAUUGUUCAGUUUAUUUUAAGCCACUACAAGGAAGGCUCUUUGAAGUUGGGUACACUUACAAAGGCAGCAACACAAUUUGGAGUUCAUAGAAGAACCAUCACCACAAUUUGGACUCAAGCUAAAGAACAAAUGGAGAUGGGGUUGCCAGUUUACCUCACUAAUCAAAAACAAGGUUUAGUAAGGCAAAAACACAAACUGUUUGACCCUGAGUUGUUCAAAACAAUCAUGUUGAAAAGAAGAUCAACCAUUAGAAGGGCUGCACAAGCCCUAGGUGUUGGGAAAUCAACAUUUUGGAGGUGGAAACAGGCAAAACAGAUCAGAACACACAGUAAUGCAAUUAAAAUCUCACUUACCAGUGCACAGAAGUUAUUGAGACUACAAUUCUGCAUGCAGUCUAUAGCAGUUGACACAACAAUCAAUAAGUUCAGAUUUAAAUCCAUGGCACACAUUGUCCACAUAGAUGAGAAGUGGCCAAUCUAUGAUUCACAAGGUUUAUGUAUUUUUGAUGGAAAAAUAAGGAUGUAUCCCUUCAUUGAACAAGUUCCAGCCCAGAGGUCAAGUGUUAAUAGGGCAGCAGGGACAUUGGAGACUAAAGCAAUUACCUCUAUUACAAGAGAAGUUAUGAAGGACUAUAUGAUCAAUAGGGUUGUUCCAGAUUUGAAAGCUUUGUGGCCAUUGACAGAGGGAACAAAUAUUGUGAUUCAGCAAGAUAAUGCCAGACCACAUUUCAGUGAUGAUGACAUUCAGUGGAGAGCAGUUGUUUCAUCAGAUGGAUUUAAUAUCCAUCUGAUGCAACAACCUGCUCUUUCACCAGACUUGAAUGUGAAUGACCUAGGUUGGUUUAGGGCAUUGCAAUCAAUACAAGAGGAGGAGGCACCUAUGAAUGUUGAUGAAUUAGUGUUAGCUGUUCUUACUUCAUUUCAAAAACUUGAGCCAAUGAAAUUAAAUUUUGUGUUUUUAAGUCUUCAGAGUUGUAUGGUUGAGAUUAUGAUGCAAAGAGGACAUAACAACUAUAGACUGCCACAUAUGAAGAAACAAACUCUUUUAAGGGAAGGAGCACUACCAGAAGAUUUGGAGGUAGACAACAAUUUGGUGUCAUUAUGUGUUGAUUACUAUGUUGAUGCAGGCCUUAAUGAGGCCAUGUUACCAGUUAUCUUAGAGUUGAUGAAGUUGGAGGCAGAACAAGUUUAA